AAUCCAGACGAUGAGCCAGUUAGCUGAACAAAUUAAGUAGGAGUUUAAGUGAAAGACACUAGUGUUCGCUGAUUGUUUCAACUGAUUUUAUCUUUUGAGUCCACUCUUGUAGCUUAGAAAAUUAUUUAUAUAAAGUAAGCUUUGAAUAAAUCAUGACAUUUCUAUUCUUACAUUGUUAGCAUCAAACCUUAAAAAUCGAUCACCUCGUACGAUAAUCUCGAUAAUAGUGAAGUUUUUGCAUUUGUUUUUGAUUUCAAAGUGUGUCAAAAAUGGAUUCAUUAGAUACUGAUGACCAACUAACGAUAGUUAAUCGUUCAACUGAAUACCGUAUUAGUAAAAAACUGAUUCGUAAAGUGCCUUAUUUUGAAAAGAUGUUGAGCCAUGAAUGUUUGGAAUCAAAGGAAGCCAAAGUUACAUUGGAUUUUGAUGAAAAAGCAGUCAAGUCGGUUCUAGAUUGGGUUAAACGCAAUUACACUAUGAUCUUGAUCGAAAUGGAUUACGUAAUUGAUUUAUGUGGACUGGCUGAUUAUUUCGGUUUGGAUGUGAUUGCGAAAGAGUGUUUAAAAUAUUUCGAGGAUAAUUUUACAAUUGAACAUCUUCCCGAUGUUAUACUUAAAGUGACUUCAACAUCUAAAUUUUUAAACUCUGGUGCUCUUAAUGCUUUCAUCUGCCGUUAUUUCUUGAAAAUAAAAAAUUUAUACGCUGAUUCGAUCGAUAACUCCAAGAAAACUUUUUGGCUGGAGUAUCCUAUUGAAACAAUUGAAUAUAUUUGUGCUUUGGAUCUGAUGGUCUAUUCAGAAUAUCAAGUAUUCGAUGCAAUCGUGAGAUGGGUCAAUUUCAAGGCUUAUUCAAGAAAGUGCCAUCUCGUUGAACUGUUAAAGUUGAUUCGAUGGUGCCAUUUGAGCGAGCAAGAUUUAUCUAAAAUAAAAGAAAAUGGAUUGUUUAAAUCUUCUGGUUUUGAACCAAUAUUUUGCUCUCCUCGUAAGGUUAAUUGUGAAUGUACCUUCAAUCGAGCCAAACAAAAUUGUUUCGUUAUGAUUGAAUUUUGUGAGACGGGUUGUAAAUGGCGAGUCAAAGUACUUGACAAUAACUUGACAGAAUUAGCUGAUCAAGUCUUUAUCUCUGAUGAUUCAAUUCCUGCAAACUUUUUUCAGGACGAACACAUUACUGAUAUUACUUAUGAAUACGGAAAGAGUGCACUUCGAAUAGACUGGAAACGAAAAAAAUACAGGCAUGUCUCAUCUGAUCUAUCUUUUAACAUACUGCAAAGAUGUGUUAUUAGAAACAAAGAUGAUGACCAACCUUUAUCUGUGGAUCCAAUGCUGGAAGAGCCUAUUGAGCAGGGAUAUUUGAUUUUAGAAGCGGCUGAAACUUUUACGCUGAUUUCCUUUGCAGGAAGAGAUUUGAAUUAUUAUUCAAGGCCGACUAACGAGGAUAGAGAGCGUUGGAAGCUUAUUGACUUCGGAGCAACUCUUAUGGACAAUGCGAUUUACUUGCUUUCGAAUGACCUUACAUUAUACGAGUUCAAAAUUCAAAAUAAUAUGCUUGUGAAGACUUGGAGCCAUCGUUUGUGUGAUAAUGAAUACAAUUUUGAAGAUACACUGUUAACAUCAAGUCCAGCUGGAGAUAAAAUUAUGGUGAUUGAUACAUAUACAAGAGAUUAUAUCUGUUUCGACGUCAAUACUAAAGUGAGUUCCAAGGGUCAAAUGGUAUUUUAUUCCUCUGCAGGCAAAAAAGACUCCAGCAGACUGUUGACUUGCACUCCAGCUUUUCUUCCUCUGAAAACCAUCAGAACUUGCUUAAACUCUAAACCAAACUCAGAGAAUUAGUUAUUUGACUAAAAUUAUUCAUAAACAGAGUACUUCAUGAACUUACUAAAGCUUUAAAAUUUGGCUUAAGGAAAUAGUUGUUUCUUCAAACCAACUUCAAUUUAAGGUUUACUAAUUCAACAAAAAAUCAUUCAAACUUAUCUUUUUCUUGAAACCAAAUUAAAAUUCAGUUAUUUUAUUCAAUAAAUCACUUAAUGCAAUGACUAAUUAUUUAACACUAGAAACUGCUGCGAUCAGGACUGAUUACGUUACAUUAAAUCCACAUUUAGA